UUAACCGGUAACUUUAAUUUUCUAACCUUUUAACAAGAAAUAAUUUUGAUUUUGUUUAGUAAAUUUAAUUCCAUUUGAUUUGAUUUUGAUUCAAUUGACAAUCUAGUGUUUAUAAGUCAUGAAUUCUAAUCAUAUUGGAAUGAAGCCCCAUGUGAAUCAUGGUUCAAUGGAAUCGCUGUCAUCUUCAUCUGGUAAUUUCUCAUCUGGAUUAACUAUUCAUCAAUAUCGAUCAAAAUUGAUGAAUAUUAUUGAAAAUGAACCAAUUUUUGUUUUAAUUGGUGCCACUGGUUCAGGUAAAACAACCCAAAUACCCCAAUGGUGCCUACAAUCUAAACAUUCCACUGGUGAUCCAGAAGGAUCACUUUCUCAAAAAUGUCGAACCAUUGGAAUCACUCAACCAAGAAGAGUUGCCGCUGUCUCGAUUGCGACCAGAGUUGCCAACGAAAUGAAAACCCCUUUAGGCCAAUUGGUCGGUUAUUCUGUACGAUUUGAUGAGGUUAUUUCACCAUCAACGAGGAUUAAGUUCAUGACGGAUGGAAUGUUAUUAAGAGAAUCUCUUUAUGAUCCCAUGUUGAGAAAAUAUUCAUUCUUAAUUUUAGACGAAGCCCAUGAAAGGUCAAUUCAAACAGAUAUUUUAUUUGCCAUCGUUAAAAAGGCUUAUCAAUCAAGGAAAAAAAAUGGACUUUCAUCCCUACGAGUAAUCAUCAUGUCGGCCACAAUGAAUGUUGACAAAUUUUCACAAUAUUUUGACCAAUGUCCUGUUUAUAAAAUCGCUGGAAGACAUCAUCCAAUUGAGAUUUUACACUCGGAAAAAGAUCUAACUGAUACAAUCCAUUCCACUUUGGUGACCGUAUUUCAAAUCCAUCGGACUCAACCGCCUGGGGAUAUUCUGGUUUUCUGUACUGGUCAAGAAGAGAUUGAAAAUAUGGUCGCAAUUACAAGAGAUACAUGUUUCCAAUUACCUCCAGAACAAAGAAAUCUAGUUCCUCUUCCACUAUAUGCUGCAUUACCUUUCAACGUUCAAUUCAAAAUCUUCAAAACAUUCACGGGUAAACGAAAAGUAAUUUUCGCCACAAACAUAGCAGAAACAUCAAUCACUAUAUCAGGGAUAAAGUAUGUCGUUGAUUGUGGUAAAUUUAAAUGUCGAAGAUACAAACCAUCAUCGGGCAUGGAUACACUUAAAAUCGAGACAAUAUCACAAGCACAAGCGUGGCAAAGGGCUGGAAGAGCUGGAAGAGAAUCAAGUGGAACUUGUUAUAGACUUUAUACUCGAGAAUCGUAUGAAAACAUGCCCAAGGAAAUGGUCCCUGAAAUGCUUCGUUGUAAUCUUGCCUCCGUUUUAUUACACUUGGCUGCAAUAGGAAUUAAAGAUUUUACUAAAUUUGACUUUAUGGAUAAACCAACAGUCGAGAAUAUAAACAAAUCAACUGAACUACUGAUCAGUUUAGGUUCAAUCACCAAAGAUGAAAAUAAUCUGUAUCAGAUAACUAAUUUAGGAAGGCAAAUGGUCAACUUUCCCUUGGAUCCUCGAUUAGCCAAAAUACUAAUUGCAUCAUCUGAACUUGGAUGUAGUGAUGAGAUUCUCAGUGUAAUAUCAAUUCUAUCAGUUGAAAAUGUAUUCCAUAUACCAUCACAUAAGAAAGAUGAAGCUGCUGAAGUUCAUAAAAAAUUCCGGACAAAUGAAGGCGAUCACAUCAUGCUAUUGAAAUUAUAUCGAGCUUAUAAAUCAGCGAAGGGCAGUAAGGAUUGGUGUAAAGAGAAUUACAUUGAUUUUCGUAAUAUGAGAAUGGUCGCUAAUAUAAGACAACAAAUGGCUUCUCUUUAUGAGCGAUCCAAUUUCACCAAGAAUUCAUGUGGAUCCAACACCGAAUUGGUUCGUAAAUGUCUUACCCUUGGUCUUUAUCAUAAUGUCGCUUUAAUUGGGAAAGACGGUGAUUACCGAUCGAAAAUGUCGGAAGAAAAGGUUUAUAUUCAUCCAUCAUCUUGUCUGUUUAACUUAAAACCGGAAUACGUGAUUUAUUCUGAAUUGGUGCAAACCAGUAAAUGUUACAUGAGGAAUAUCUCUGUAAUCGACUACAAUUGGUUGAAAUUGUUAUAAUAUAUAUAAUUAUUGUUUUUAAAA